AUGGACACUCUUCACGCACCAACUGUGCCCUCAGGGCCGACGUCGAAUCUCAGCCAGAGGAACGGCGACACGGCCAAGCUGAGCUUUGCGGAGCUCCAGCGGAAGAAGGACGAUAUGGAGGCAGAACUGAAAGCCCUGGGAAGCGUGCUGGAUUCGCAUGGCGUUGAUAUGCAAACGCCGCUCUUGACCAGAGACGGCUUUCCCCGAGCUGAUCUCGACGUUGCUCAAAUCCGCACGACAAGAGCGCGAAUCAUUCGCUUGCGCAAUGACUACAAAGAGCUCAUGACGAACAUAGAAAAGUAUCUCCACGAUCACUUCGCAAACGUCCAGGACGGGGAUGAAGCUCCAAGCACAAAUGGAGAAGAUCUCCGUAUCUUGCCGGACUCUCACACCGAGCAGCUCGAUGAGCCGUUUGCAAAGGUCAACACUGUGGCAGCAGGCAGCCCGGCUGAACAGGCCGGCUUACAAGCUGGCGAUGAGAUUCGCAACUUUGGCUACGUUAACCGAUCGAAUCAUGACGGUCUCAAGAAGGUGGCAGAGUGUGUUAUGGGUAACGAAGGGCGAAACAUUUUCAUCCGAGUAUCUCGACCUGAUGGAGUUGCUCGUCGGCAGGAGCUGAGAUUAACUCUGGUCCCCAGGAAAGACUGGGGCGGAAGAGGAAUGCUGGGCUGCCACAUCUUGCCUCUAUAG